UCCAUAUAAACUUUAGAAUAAGUUGUUCACCAGCAUAACCGACCAUUAAAAAAAACACAGAUUCAAUGCUUGGCCACGCAAACAUAUCCAGUCAAAUAAAUUUACCUUGGAAGAACACCAUUUUGUGAGCUUUCAAACAAACACUAGUUUAACAGAAGUAGCAAGAGUUGGUCACCAACAUACCUCAUCGUUCCUUUUGUCUCUUUCCUCUCCCCGUUUCCCUACAAAAGGCACACACUUCUCUUCUAAUUCUCAACCUAAGCAAGCCAAUCAAACACUAGCAAAGCAUACAACUCCUAUUCAUUCCUCGAGCUUUUUCUAUAUUCAAGAAAAAACAUUCAAAAAAUGGCACAGAGAAGUUUCUUCAUCCUUGCUGUUGUGCUAGCCACAUCAUGUUGGGCAAUGGUGGCUGCGCAGCAGAGUUGUACUAAUGCAUUGGUGGGCAUGUCCCCGUGCCUGAACUAUAUCACCGGAAACUCUUCCAACCCAUCUUCAGGAUGCUGCUCUCAGCUUGCCACCGUAGUCCGCUCUGAGCCACAGUGCUUGUGUCAGGUCCUCAAUGGCGGUGGCUCUUCACUAGGAAUUAAUAUCAAUCAAACUCAGGCUUUGGCGCUCCCUGGUGCCUGCAAUGUCCAGACUCCUCCACUUAGCCGCUGCAAUGGUGCUACUUCUCCAUCAGACUCUCCAGCAGGAACGCCAGUUUCAGAUUCUCCGAACACUUCUUCAGGAACUGGAUCUAAAACCGUACCAGCUACUGAUAACGGCACAUCAGACGGAAGUUCCAUCAAGAUUUCGACUCCACUGUUCUUCUUUGCUCUUCUUGUGGCUGCGUACACUUCAGCCUUUGCAACACACUGAUUCUUUACAGUUUAGUCUAUACUUCAGAGUUCCCAGAACUCUUAUGCAUAGUUGUUGCGAUUGUAUUCUUCAUUUGUUCUCAUCUAGAUUUAGAGAGGUGUGCAGUGUUCAUUAUUUUGAGACCCUACUUAGGGUUUAUUAUUUUGUAUCUACCGAAGAGACUAGCUGAUGCAUACUCUCUUCUGUAUUUAAUAAAAGUGUUCUGAAAUGUUAUAGCUCAUCAAAUUACAAA